AUGCAAGCCCUGAGCCCCGAAGUCGAUAUAUACACCACGCCAGUGUUACAACCGCCGGACGGAGUGACCUCGGAUUUUAGUCGACCUCUCUCAUCGGUCCAACUAGCAACUAUCAUCGUGUUCAGCGUCACUUACUUCUUUGCGACUGUGUCUUUGGCCAUUCGAUAUGUCACGAGCGUUGCAGUGGUCCGGGCUCUGGAGCCCGAUGUUGGUACGUGGAAGGCGAAAUGCUACUCUGAGCUCCAAGUGACAUGCCGUGCUGACAGCAAUGGAAAUCUAGUUCUCAUUACAUUAGCAUGGGGUUGUUCUAUGGGAUAUUUCAUCUCAGUCUGUUUCGCAAUGAAAUAUGGUUGGGGAUCGGACGCGUGGGAUAUCAGCAUUAACGACCUCACUGGGUACUACAACUACUUGCUGCCGACAACGUUAACCUACAUGUGGAGUCCGACUCUUAGCAAACUCUCGAUUCUAAGCGUACUUUGGCGAAUAAGCUCGGUACAACAGUUCCGCAUCGGCGUGUAUAUCGUGUCUGGGAUGCUUCUCAUUUAUACCAUUACAUUCACUGGUCUUCUGUCCGGCCCUUGCAAUCCCAAGAAUGUCGGUGGUGGCACGUGCCUCAACAAUCUGGCAAUUUCUCAGGUCGUGCUCAACAUCGCGACGGAUCUGUCCAUCAUCAUACUGCCCCUUCCAACUCUCUACAAGCUUCAGAUGCCUUUCCGGAAGAAGGUUGUUGCCGGAGCUAUCUUGAGCCUCGGUUCCGCGGUCCUCCUCGCCUCCGUCGCUCGAGCCCCAUACGUCAAAAUCAUGGCCACCGACCCAAACUUUUCUCGAAGACAAGCCGAGGCUGGCGUCUGGUCACUGGUCGAGCUCAACCUCGGUAUCCUGUGCAGCAACUUGAUGCGCAUGAAGCCCUUCCUCCGGGCCUACUUACCCAAGCUCCUCACCAUACUGGGGCUCUCGUCGGGCAGCGCAUCCAACACCCCUGGCCACGACAUCUCGACGGGACACUGGUCGCGAAAGAGCCAUAGCCGCGGUUACAAGCUCCACAGCGUAGGAAACGAGAACUCCCAGAGCAAAAGCCUGGACGCCGACGGAAUGGCUGUGAAUAUUAGCAUGCAAAAGCCGGACAAGACUCGACCGCACAGGGAUAAUGAAAGCACAGAUAGCAUCCUAGGGUGA